AUGAAACAACCAUCUGCAGAUAUUUUAGAGAUGGAACAUGCAAUCGGAUAUAGUGGAAGAGUAAUAUUGAAUAUAAAUAUAAGAUACAUCGAAGUGUGAUUUUACAUCCAAAUGGAGUAGAAUUCAUUAGUAUAGCUGGAGCUUCUUUAAUAAUAACAGAUUUAAGAGAUGCUCAUAAAUAAUCAUUUUUAUAAGGACAUGAUGAUUAAAUCACAUGUUUAGCAGUUUCUAAUAGAGGUGAAUUGAUUGCAUCAGGAUAGAAGGGAGACAAUUCUGAUGUUAUUAUUUGGGAUUAUCAUAGAAAAAUUCAAAAAUAUAGAUUAUCAGAGCAUGAUUAUGAAGUAGUAUGUGUAGAUUUUAGUCAUGAUGAUAGACUGUUAUUCUCUUCAGGUAAUCCAAUGGAUAAAAGAAUAUUCAUUUGGGAUUGUUAGACUGGAUAUAUAGUAGGAUCAGUUAAUCAUACACCUGAACCAACUACUAUAGCAAGAUGGGGAGGAUUUGCUAAAGAUAUUAAAGGAAGAGAUACACCUAAAUAUUAGUUUGCAACUUCAGGGAAUAAAUAAAUAUGUUUGUGGAAGUUAGACCCUAAAUUAGGAGUAUUUGAAAAAGAAAUAGUGAAUACUGGAAACUUGGUUAGAGAUUAUAUUUGUAUGGAGUUCUCAAAAAAUAGAGAAGAGUAUCUCUUAUUGGGAACAACCUCAGGAGACUUUUGUGUAUUUCAAAUGAAAAAUAAGUACUAUAUUAAUAUUUAAAUAUUUCAUAGAUUUUUUAGUCAUUAGAUAGUUGUGGCAGCUUUAGGAGUAAUGUCUAUAAGAUUUGUAGAUUUUUCAAGAUUUUUAGUUGGAGCAGGUAAUGGUACAUUAGCGAUGUAUUAGAUUACAGAAGAAAAUAAGGUAUAUAAUUAGAUUAAAUUAGAUCAACUAAUUACAUAAAACUGAUUUAGGUGGAGCAGUGAAUUCAAUUACUGUGAGAGUAGAUGGUUUAGAAAGUUUAAUUUCAACAGAUAGAGGAUUGAUAUUUCGAUUUAAUACAAAUAGUUUUUAGAAAGGAUUACAUAGUGAGAAUCAUACAGGAUCAAUAUUAGAUAUGAGUUAUCCUCCAGGAGUUUCAGAUAGAUUUGCAUCUGCAUCAGAAGAUGGAACAAUAAGAAUUUGGGAUAUUAGUGAAUAUAAUGUAAUUGCUAAAUGUUAAGCUAAUGUCAAUGUUGUACCUUUAAGUUUAGUUUACAGAGAUGAAGUAUUAUUAAGUGGAUGGGCAGAUGGUAAAAUUAGAAUGUUUAGAUCCGAUAAUGGUUAAUAAAUUUGGUAGAUUGAUAAUGCUCAUAAAACAGGAGUAACUACACUUUGUAUCUCGAAUAAUUUAAAAUUCUUUUGUAGUGGUGGAGGUGAAGGUGAUGUUAGAGUUUGGGAAAUGAGAACUAGAGAAAUGGUAUCACAUCUUAAAGAACAUACUCAUAAAGUAACUAAAGUUAAAUUGAUUGCUAAUGAAACAUAAUUAUUAACAGCAUCACGCGAUAGAGCUCUAUUAUAAUGGGACUUAAAAACUGAAAAAAGAAUUAGUGCUCAUAUAUAAAGAAUGGGAGGAAUCAAUUCUUUUGAUACUGUUCCAAAUACAACUGUUGUUUUCAGUACUGGUUAAGAUAGAAAGAUAUCACUUUGGGAUCUUAAUUAAAGUGAAGUCUAAAGAUAAUUUGAAACUAGUGCUAAUCCUAAAAAAGGUAAUUAUUAUUAAUUAUAUUUUUAUAGGUGAUGAAUGUUAUUCCAUUUGUCUUUCCCCUAAUUUCAAAUUUGCUGUUACUGGUGGAUCUAAUUGUUCUGUUAAAUUAUGGGAUCUUUAAACUGGAUAGCAAAUCUCUGAAGGAUUUGGACAUUCCGGACCAGUCAAUACUGUAUAAUUUGCUCCAGAUGGAAAGUAAGUUAUUUCAGGUGCAUAAGAUGGAGUUGUUAUUGUUUGGAAUGUAUUCUUAUGA